GUAUGUCGUGCGGUGCUUUCCCGGCGCGCGUUUCUUGCCGUCCAUUUGGAAGUUAGGCUGGUGGCUGCACUGUGGAGUGACGGCGUCUGCAAGACUCUACCUCUACCUCCACGUGAAAGACGGGACCUUCACCCGGCUCUUCAAGGCGCUUGCACUUGCGCUUGCCCUUCUCUUUAGGGCCCCUGUUGUGCCACGAUGCAGCAGGCUUUAGAACGAGCUCUGGACCGUGCGGAGUAUGUCAUUGCCAGUGCCCAGCAGAGGCCUCCUAAAAGGAAAGGCUCAGCGAGUGGGGGCGCAUCUCUGGAUGAAAAACUUUAUGACCUGUAUGUGGAAGAAUGCGGGAAAGAGCCUGAGGCUACGGAGGAAUUAAGAAGCAACGUGAACUUGUUGGAGAAGCUCCUGAGGAGAGAGUCGUUGCCGUGCUUAGUGGUCAACCUAUACCCAGGAAAGGAGGGAUAUUCGCUGAUGCUCGAGGGCGAAAAUGGAUCCUAUUCGGAGACCAUUCGACUGCCUUACGAAGAAGGGGAGUUGCUCGAAUACUUGGAUGCUGAACAAUUGCCUCCUGCUCUGGUGGAUCUCCUGGAAAAAUCUCAGGUUAACUUUUUUCACUCUGGGUGUGUCAUAGCCCAGGUACGGGACUACCGGCAGUGCAGUCGGGAACCUCCCGGCUACGCGAGCAGGCACGUUCUCCUGCGGCCAACGAUGCAGACGUUAGCCUGCGACGUGCAGUCCAUGACCAGCGAUGACCAGACCUGGACCCAGGAAGACAGGCUUUUGCUGGAGAGCCAGCUGAUCUUAGCCACGGCCGAACCGCUGUGUCUCGAUCCUUCUGUAUCAGUAGCCUGCACUGCAAACAGGCUGCUCUAUAACAAGCAAAAGAUGAACACUGGCCCCAUGAAAAGGAGCUUCAAGAAGUAUUCUGCACCCUCCCUGAACCGGCAGCAGGAGCUGUCUCAUCGUCCACCUCCUCCUGAGCUGAGAGUAUGGGCCUCUUGCAAGAAAAGCAGAGAAAGGCAAGCAGGUCCGCAGCACGACCUCAAAAUUUCUAAAGCGGGGAACUGCAUCGAUAUGUGGAAACAGAGACCCUGUGACUUGGCCGUACCUUCCGGAGUGGACGUGCAGAAAUACGCCAGGAGGGAGAAGUCCGCCAGAUACGAUGGCUCGCCACCGACGGCCUGGCCAGCCCACAAGGUAGAAGGUGAUUCCGUAUUGGGCUAUGAAGCUGGCGGUGAGUCUCAGACAGCGCAGCUGACUUCUGUGCAGCCGCCGAAUGACCCACCUUUGUCUGGAAGAAGAAGGCCCUGCAAAGAAGCCAGACGUGAGGGACAGGGGUCUCCUCCGCACUCCUCCACAGAUGACCAUCCAGACAGUGUCCGGCCUGGCUCAAAGACGGAUGCUGGGACGGAAGCCAUUCGGUCAGCUGUCUUGGUCCAGCGCAAGGCCAAGUGUCCCGCCACCGCGUCACACGGCUCCAGUGGCCCAGCCAGCCUCAGCCAGCCGCCUCCCGGGAAAGAAACAGCACAGCCUGAGACGGUGUCGGUUUGGUCUUCAGUCCUGGGGAAGGGAGUCAGCCAUCCACCUCUACGCUUCAGACUUUCCUGGAGCUCAGGAGGGACUCGGUCGGGCAACAGUUUCACCCCAGUGGAGGCAAGCGGCUUCUUUAAAUCUCCAGCUCCUGCUCCUGCUCCUGCUCCUGCUCCUGCUCUUGCUCCCGCUCCUCAGCCCCCGAGUCUUUCCCAGAAUUCGUCUGUGGACGUGAAUCGAGUGAGCAUCAUGUUUCCCGCGGCCACCCUACCCACUACCGGCUCAUCACAAAGAAGCCUGGCCACCCAGGUCACGGCCCGCUCCCCUGGCCCCAACAUCAUCCAGCUGGCGGGCCCGGUCUGUGGAGCCCAGGCUUUGGCGAGGGGUUCCAGCCCCGGGCAGGGCUCUACCGCUGGGGCCACAGAUCCUGCGGGAAUCCUGCCCGGCAGCCUGGCCUCGGGAGCUCGGCCACCAAAUGCAGUGCGCACUGCAGCACAGGCUGCGUCUCCAGUCCGCGUUCAGUUUUUUUUUAAAAAUGCUUCAGGCCUCAAGCCGGUGACUCUGCUGGAGCUUCCGCAAGGUUCGCCCCCUUUGAAUGCCCAGCAGCAGCCAGAGCAGCGGCUCUAUCAGUUUAUUCCACAAGAACAACUUCAUCAAGCCUCCGCUUCUGGUCCUUGGCAGCUAGUGCCACGGGGUCCCGGUGCCCGAGGCCCAGCCCCUCCAGAGACAGCCUCGCCUGCUCAGCAGGCCGUUGUCCUGAACCUCCUGGGACAGGGACGGGGCCGGGGACAGGGACGGGGACAGGGGAGUUUGCUGCAGCCCCAGGCAGCCGUGUUGUCUCUGCUUGGCUGUGCUGCAGAGAACCAGGGAAGAGCCCGGCCGAGCGGCCCUCGGCACACGCUGCAGCUGUCCCCUGCCUCACAGCCGUGGCCACAGCAGCAGGCGCAACAGCGUAGAAUCUUGCAGCACCCGGUGGCCGUGACAACUGUAGCCACCCAGACGGCUCAGCCUUCUUGGGGCCAGCGGGCCGCAAGCCAGUCCGAAGGUAAAAAGAACAGAGGCCCGCCUUCCCCUCCCAGAUCCUGAGUCUCGCUCAUUUCCUCUCUUUUUAAAAACACCAGAGCGUCGGCCCAAGUGAACUCCGAGGUUUUCCUUCGUUUGGGGUUUUUUGGUUUUUGCUCUUUUAACGUGUCCGCAUCUUACCUUUAGAUGUACGAACUCUGUACAGAAGCGCAACCUCGUGAGUUUUGCACAGAAACAAGGCAGUGAUUUAAGAAACUGGGAUCGUUUUGCUUAAAGUGAUCGAAGUGCCCAGUUCAGUAGUGCUCAGUAUAUUCACACUGCUGCGCAGCGCGUCUCUAGAAUUGCUUUCAUCCUGCAGAAGCGACGCUCUUGUCCCCGUCAAGCACCAGCUCCCCAUUUCCUUGUCCCCCAGCCCAGGCAUGCACAGUAUCAUUUUCUGUGUCCGCGAGUGUGACUGCUUUAGAGCCUUCAGAUAAAGUGCACUCAUGGAACAGGAGGUGUCCUUCUGUGACUGGCUUACUUCACGUAGCGUAACGUCAUCACCGUCAAGGCUCACCCCUGACGCGUUGUAGCG